AGAAGAAAAAUAGUUGGGCCGAUUGGAAUGAAGGGCGGGCUCGUAGGUUUCAAACAUCCAGGCCCAAGUUCCUUCUAACUUAACAAAUGGGCUCCAAAUGACCCAAUUUGCAAUUUGAGUUUUCUUCACCAACGUUGACACACCACUUCCCUGAGCUGCGAAUUUCGUCUACCGGCGACAAAAUUGAAUCUGCUGAUGGAUCGACAAGCUCCUGAUUAUGCAGCUGCUAUGGCCUUUGCUCAACAGCAGCACCAAGCAGCUAACACUCAACAGCAACAACAGUUUGGUUUUCAUCCCCAACAUCAACAAUUUCCUCCUUCAAUUCAUGGUCCUCCAUUUCUAGGCCCGCAUUCUUCUCUUCAACAAUUCCCUUAUCCUCGCCCUAUGCAGCAACCACAACUACCCCCUCCGCAUCUUCUUCACCUUCAGCAGCAACAGCAACCACCUCCUCCUUUCCCCCCACACAUGCCUCCUCACGUUGUUCCAUCACCUUUCUUCAAUCCAUACGAUACUCCUCCACCUCCUGCUCCUCCACCAUCUGACCCUGAACUCCAAAAGCGUAUUGACAAAUUAAUUGAAUAUGCUGUCAAGAAUGGUCCUGACUUUGAAGCCAUGAUCCGUGAAAAGCAACAAGACAAUCCUGAUUACAGGUUCCUCUUUGGUGGCGAAGGCCAUUAUUACUAUCGCUAUAAGCUUUGGAUGUCUACUCGGCCCCCUGGUGGGGCUUUCAAUCCGUCUUUCCCAUCCUCCUCUUUGCCUAUGAUGCAUCCACCAAAUCCUAUGAUGAGUCCGUCACCAUUAACACCUCCAUAUAAUGCCUCCAAUCCUUCUGCUGCAAUGUUGGGUCCAUCCCAUAUGCAUCGACCUCCUUUCCCACCAUUUUAUGAUCAACAUCACUCUCAGCCUUUUAGCCGAGCAGAUUAUGAUCAUUCAUAUGGGUCUUUUAAAGGUCUAUCUAGGCCUCUUCCAUCAGAUGUUGAGAUGGAGCUGAGUAAUGUUAUAAAUAAUCUUACUGGUACGAAAGAGUCAAUUAAAGGUGCCAAGAGUUGGUUUAUGCAGAGAUCUCCAUUUAUACCUGCUUUGGCUGAGGCACUCAGAGACAGGGUGUUCUCCGUAGAUGAUUCGGAGAGGCAACUGCAUAUAGUCUAUCUUGCCAAUGACAUCUUAUUUGAUAGCUUGCAGCGACGAAUCAAUCCUCUUGAGCUUGACAAUGAGGCACUUGCUUUUAAGCCCGUUUUGGGUCCCAUGCUUGCCAGGAUAUACCACAACCCUCAAAACCAGGAAGAAAAUCAAUCUCGGCUUCAAAAGAUUUUACAGUUUUGGGGUACGAAGGAAGUUUAUGAUCAGGAUACUAUUCGUGCACUUGAAAAUGAGAUGCUAGGUGGGCACCCUGCAAAUUUUUCUGUUCCUCCUAAGGAAUUAAUCAUGGCAGAUCCUUCUGCUGCUGCAGGAUUAAUGCACCAGGCACCAAACCAGAGUUCUUUACAAUGGAAGCCUGACCAUCAAAGCUUAGCAAAUUUAGCUGAUCAAGGCAAACAAGUUCCUCCGAUACCAUCUGGGGCAACACAGCAUUUUCAUCCUGGUGCUGUUCCGCCUGCUGGAUUUCCUGGGUCAAUGCACGUACCUUCUUCUGUUCCACCAGCUAAUCUACAACCGGCAGCUCAUCUGACACCGGCAUCAACUGCAAAUGUAGGUGAAAAACUACCUCCUUACCCCUUGUUUCCUCCUGGUCUUAUACCUGGUAUGGUCAGGAAGAUGCAGAUUGGUAGUGGGGUGCCUUACUCUCCUAUGAGCCCCUUGGAUAUCCCGACCAUGAUACCACCCUCCACUGUAUCUGAAUCUGAAAUUCUUGAAAGAGUGUCUAAAUUUUUUAAAGAGAUUGGAGAAGUUAAUCCAUCAGAAGGACCUAUUAAUAAACAAUCUGAUUCAGCCAACGAUUAUGACGACUAUGAGAGAGAGUCUCCUGUCCGCAAGGGAGGAGCUUGCAUUCCUCCACCUCUGAACCUUCAAGUUGACCCUGAAACCGGGACUUAUCCUGAUGGAAGUGUACCGCAGAAACCUGGAUCAAAUAGCUCAGGACGAUUAGGACUUGGAGCCACAGCUAAUCCAAACGAGCCAAAUCAAUAUGAUGAUGUUUACACUUCGUACAGGAAAGAUAGAAGCACCAAUUAUCAUUCAACAAUGAGUGUAAGAACUGCUACGAGGUGAUUUGAGUCGAUAAAGUUGACUACUCCUGCAACAAGUAUAAAGCUUUCAUGCAAAAAGGUUUAUCCUUUGAGCUACGGUUGAGUGGACAAACGUUGUGCUUCUAUAUGUAAGUUGUAAAUUAAGAUGGUUGUCGAUCCGACAUUGCAACAUGUAAUGAAAUGAGCUAGCUCUACCCCAAUCUUUCUUUACUGAACAGCUAGUGAGCUGUGAUGUUUGAUCUUUCAUGCUCCUAUGUUUUAUUCCAUUUCCUCCUAUUUUUCUGGGAAUGACGAUGCUACUGAUAUUCUUGAGGGAUAUUAUGUUGUCAUACAUGUGUUUAUUACAUGUCCCAUAUUUGGGUAA